AUGAUCCCCGGCCGGAAACUUGCGUUUUCUUAUGAUAGAUUGUACCAUACCCUCCCUCUGAGAGACGUUGGCCUCGCCUUACCUUCUGAUCUCAGACAGUCGUACAUGUACCUUGCCAACCCAGGUUCUCUUUUUGAUGAAUCGGCCGGUUUGAUGAACCGAGAGUUUCGGGAGUUGGGGGCCACACUGAACCUAAAAAGCUUAAUUUGUAUCCCAGGUGCCGGUUGUGAGGCAGCAGCGUCAGCAGCACGCUGUGGUUCUUCUACUCUUCUUAUUACUAGAAACCCAGAUCCUUUUGGAGAGGAAAAAUGUCUUGUAUCCCGCAGGGUUGCAAAAGGGAUUUUGUUGAAAAAAAUAGAUGCGGCUAAUAAGGUUAUAGAUAAGUCUGGUUGGUUACUUGUCAAGUCAAGGAGAUAUCAGUCGGGGACUGAAUCAACAAAGAAAGAUUGGGCAUGGGAAGCACCUAACUUUCUUUGUGGGUCACGAGAAUGGUCAUCCACCAGAGAGUUUGGUGGUAAAUACAUUAGUGGCUUACUAAAGGCAAGGUGA